UUUUAUCAUCAUUUAAAUAAGCUUAUUUUGUAUAUAUUUACAAAUGAUCAAAGAAUAGUUGAUUCCAUUUUAACAAUGACAAUAUGGCUAUAAUUGGAAACCCUGAAAUUUAUAUCAAUUUGAGAAUUAUAGCUCAAAAUUAACCAAAAUAUCUCUUCAUAGAAGCUCAAAUUAUGAGAACCACUCAAGCUUUCUAAAUUAGGAAGAUAAAUAGCAACAAACUAGGUCAAGUGUUCAUCCCUCACCUCUCAAUUUUCCAGCUCUCUUUAUCCAAAAAUAGAAAGCAAAGGCAACCACACAUACCUAACAAAUUUCCCUUUAUAUAAACCAGCAUCCAUGUCCUUUCUCCAUCUCAGAAGGGGAAGAUAAAUCAAUCAAAAUAAAGAGAAAGAAGAGAAAUAGAAAAGCCGAUCAUGACGAUGACAAAGUUCGAACUCAUUGGCACCCUCUGCCUCAUUUCUUCUAUUGCUCUCGUCUCCUCCAGUGACACCUUCUCCAUUCAAGGCCGUGUCUAUUGUGAUACUUGUCGUGUUGGCUUCGAAACUAACAUCACCGAAUACAUCUCAGGUGCUAAAGUUAAGGUCGAGUGCACGCAUUUUACUACAAAUAAGGUUAAACAUUAUAAUGAAGGUGUAACAGAUUCAACCGGCUCCUACAAGAUUAAUGUGGUAGAUGGUCACGAAGAUGAGAUUUGUGAGGUCGUGCUCGUCAAUAGCUCCCUCGAAAAUUGCAAGGAGAUCGAGAUUGGCAGAGAUAGGGCGCAAGUAUUGCUCGCGAAUGAUGGUGGCAUAAGUGGCAAGGCAAGGCAUGCAAACUCACUUGGCUUCCUCAGGAAUGAGCCUCUUCCUUCCUGUGCAAAGCUUCUUAAAGAGUACUAUGGCCUGGGAGAGGAAGAGUAGUUAAAGCAAGUUAUAAUUAAGAAUUUUGGGCUAAUGCGUUCUCAUUUCUAUUUA